AUAUAGCAUAAUUAAACUAUCCUUACAUCAUGUUCUCUUAAAGCCAAGGAACAUUUUUCUCCACGGACCUGACUACCAUGUUCGGAUUGGGGAUUUUGGCCUGGCCUGCAGUGACAUCAUCACCAAGGCUUCCGACCAAUGGCCGGCAACAACCAAACUAAAUGAUUCAAAGCACACCUCCGGAGUGGGUACUUGUCUGUAUGCUUCCCCUGAACAACUGAGAGGCUCUUCCUAUGAUUUUAAGUCAGAUAUGUAUAGUGUAGGUAUCAUCUUACUGGAGCUCUUCCAGCCGUUUGGAACAACAAUGGAAAGGAUAAAGAUGCUCACGGCUCUUCGAGAGUCCCAUAUCUCAGAGGACUUUGCAAAGCAAUGGCCUGUACAUACUAAAUAUGUUAAGAUACUAACCAGCCGAAUCGCUUCCUGCAGACCGAGCGCAGAUGAGAUGUUGACCAGUGAACUCUUCCAUAGUUCACCUGAGGUAACUGUAUCUCGAGACAACCUUGAACAGAAAGUAAUUAACCAGGAGCAAGAAAUUAAGAGCCUACAACAGAAAGUGAUCGAUCAGCAAGACGAAAUCAGGAGUCUCUGGGAAAUGAUCAAAUUACUAGCUGGGGAGCGAGAACCCAGCUAGAGAUGUUCUUAAUGAAUUGGAGAUAAUUUCUUUGAUUCCUUCCUCCCCCCAUCUGAAUUAAUUUUGAGUGCCUCAUGUAUGACUGUUUUGUGAAUGUUCUGUAAGAUGACAGAUUAAAUAUCAAAUUUAAAAAUGUUA